UUUGUUUUCAUUUGGGAAGUGUGGAGACUGGGCGGCUGAAAUUCGAAAGUGCAAGACUGUCUUCUCGGCACGAUAUGGAGGAUUUCAUUCCGGAGAGGCGGCCCCGCAGACCCAGUGCGUUUUCUGACAACAUGGUUUUUGUGCAAUCGAGAAAAUCAACUGAUUGGUAGAAAGGAAGAGUAUUGUAGAGGCAGAGAGCUAUUUAGCUAGAACAAUCAUGUCAGUUGACGACGCCCAACCAAAUGCGGAAAGUAGCUCCAGUGGCCAUGACUUUCACAAGAAGAUGCUUCGGCCAGGGCACGCAUGUCAUCAUUGUGGUGAGUCCUUGUGGGGCGCUUCGGCUGCGUGCCGUGCCUGUAAGUUCGUGGCGCACGAGCGCUGCUCGGAGGGUGCCGUCACCCCCUGCUCCCGCGUGGCGAUAGACUACGUGACAAACCCAGUACCACACACAUGGAGCUUGCAGCAGAAGUUCAGAAAGAAGUUCUGCAACGUUUGCCGACGCAAGAUGGACGAUCGCCUGGGAGUGAGGUGUGUUAUUUGCAAGUACUAUGCGCACAAACGGUGCGUGGCUGUGAGUUUGCCUAUUUGCAGACGCUCAGCUGACUACACUACGACAGUAACUCCUGAUUCGUUCACCGAGACACGCCACCAGUGGCUGGAAGGGAAUCUGAAGACGUCGGACAAGUGCGCGGUGUGUGGACAGGUGUGCGGAUCGUGCGACUGCUUGUGCGGCCAGCGCUGUCUCUGGUGCAGGAUGACGGUGCAUUCGAGCUGCCUGUCCAAGCUAGCGGAGCAGCGGUGCACGGCAGGUCCGCUUCACAAUCUGCUGCUGCCAUCGUACGCCGUGUUCCGGCCGUACAUGCCAGGCGCGGACAUCUCUUUACCGCUCGCAGCCGGUGAGAAUGCCUCGUCGAUGCUACUCGCCGAGAACAAUCUCCUCGGCUACAUGCUACACGGUAACCUUGGCAGCGAGAGUGACACGGCGAGCAUAGCAGAGUCGGUCAACAGCGACGUCAUAUCUCAGUCCUCGUCCGCAGUCACGCUAAAAGUCUACGACUCGUCCGUGGAUCGCUACAAGAAGAUCACGGUCAGCAGCGACGCCAGCCCGGCAGAGAUGCUCGCGGCGUCGCAGCAGAAGUUCAACGUUCACCCGGACGACGGCGCCAAGUUCUGCCUGUCGCUGGAGACGGCGCCGAACACAUACGAGUCGGUCUGCAAGUACGCCAGCGCCCUGGAAGCGGACGGCGACAAGCUGGUGUUCCGCUCCGCCGAGAACCACAUGUCUCACAUUCGCGUGCACUACGCCAUCGACCAGUGGAAGCAUCAGCACCGCAUGAUCGCCGUCUCACCGCUGACGACCAGCGACGAGGUCGUGAGCCUGGCCAUUGACGCCCUGGGCCUCAUCCUGGACGACGCGCAGCGCCAGGAGUACGUCCUCGUCGAGUGCAACAUGUACGACGGCCUAAAGGAGCGAGUGCUGGACCGCAACGAGAAGCCGUGGAAGGUGAUGGGCGACUUUGCCAACGUUUCCGUUGAGCAGCUGCACAUGGUGCGCCUGUACAUUCGCCACCUGCAGACCGACACUCCGGCCACGUUCUACGUGGGAAACUUGCCCGUUGGUUGGGAGCGCGACAAGCUUGUGCAGUCGCUCACGCAGGCAAUGGGAUCGAGCAACAUGAACUACAUCACGUUUGGCCCGGCCUUCCCGCCGCUCGGCGCCAUCUUUAUGUUCAUCAGCGAGCCAUCGACGGCGCGGCACGUGUUCGGCGUUCUCCAGCAGCCGUCCGUCCAAGUGGGCGGCAAGCGGCCGGAGGUCAUGCUACUGCCCACGCUCUGUGCCGACGUUCUGCCGCCCGACUCUAACCCGCUGCUGACGUUUGUGAACGAGCGUAGUGGCGGAGGCCAAGGCAGCGAGGUCAUGACGCAGCUGGUGCGCAUGCUCAACCAGCAUCAGAUCUUCAACUUGUCGCACGGCGGGCCGCUUCCCGGCCUGUUUGCCAUACGGCAGGUGAAGUCGUUCCGCGUGCUCAUCUGCGGCGGCGACGGAACAGUCGGCUGGGUGCUGGGCCAGCUGGACGCCAUGCUGGAGCACAUGGUGUGCAAGAAACCGUCGGUGGCCCUCUUGCCGGUCGGUACCGGAAAUGACUUGGCGCGCGUACUGCGCUGGGGCGCGGGCUUUAGCGGCGAGUCGCCAUUGUCCCUCCUGGAUGUCCUGGAAGACUGCCUGGUCGUUCCGCUAGACCGUUGGAACAUCACAUUUGAGGUUGGUAGCGAUGCUGCUCCUGUGGCGACGACAAAUACGAACAAUUCACCCGCCCAGUCCUCCUACGUUAUGAAUAACUACCUGGGAAUCGGCAUCGAGGCGGAGAUCGCGCUCAAGUUUCACUUGGCGCGCGAGGAAAAUCCGGAGAAGUUCAACAGCCGUCUGCACAACAAGGGCAUGUACUUGAAGAUGUCCAUUGGCAAGAUGAUGCAGAAGGUCGUUAGCGAGUCGUCCAAGGAUCUCUCCAAGAUCGUCACGCUCAUUGUCAAUGGUGACAAGAUCAAGAUUCCGAGCGGCGUCGAGGGCAUCAUCGUGCUCAACAUCAAGUCCUGGAUGGCCGGCUGCGACGGCUGGGGAACGGAGAGAGACGACAAGUUCAAGUCGCCGUCCAUGAACGACGGCCUACUGGAGAUCAUCGGCGUACAGGGUGUUAUGCAUCUCGGCCAGAUUCAGGGCGGCAUGCGCGGCGGCAUUCGCCUGGCUCAGGGCUCCGACAUCACGUUUCAGUUCUCGGCGCCGAUACCCGUGGAGAUCGACGGCGAGCCGUUCCGCCAGCCAGCGGGCAUCUGCCACGUCCUGCAGGGCAGCACUGUGCAGAUGCUGCGGCGGCACAAACGCUCGGUGAUCGCCGCACCGCCAGGAUUGGGUUAGCCUGACAGCGGCGACCAACUCACCUUGACUGGACACGAGCUGUACCAGAUGAGGAUGGCCCGAAUCCUUCUGUCCAAGAUGAUACCGCACAGACAUGCACGCGCAAACGUUGUUCGAUGUUGCUCGUGUUCGCGCGGUGAUGAUAGUAGCCACCGCCACUGGAAUUGGCCGCCCGUAGAUUAUCUUCCCGUCCACUUGCACACGCGCGCUCGGUCGCCCGUUAAAGAGUUGGCGCCGUGUGGGCACAUGCGCUACGAGCGGCAUGUCUCACACACACACACACACACACACACACACACACACACACACGUGCCGAUGUGUUGGGAGUGUGCAGCUGUGCGGCUGAAUGGAGGCACGUUGAAACAAGCAAGUUUAGCUUCGUGACCUCACCUCUGCCGCUGUGUACAAACGUAGGCUAAUUACGUAUGCUAUUUAUUCUGAUCUAUUCUAGUAGGUGUUCUUCUCCCUCUGAGACCUCACACACUCUCUCUCUCUCUCUCUCUCUCUGAGACCUCACACACUCUCUCUCUCUCUCUCUGAGACCUCACACACUCUCUCCUGAUGUAUCAUUUCUCUCUUGCAUUCUCUGUUGUUCUUGCUGAUGAUACUUUCUAAGUUUCUCCUUUGACUUCUUCCUCCCACCCAGUGAAGCUCCCGAUAAAUGGCGUUGCCUGUUGGGAGCACCCUGACCGCAAUCUGUCCCGCUCCGUCUAUGUAUUCUUGCUAUUUGCGUAUGCUAUCCAAUGCUCCACCGCGACCAUUUUCUUGCCCUUCAUUCUCAUGCAUGUCAACUCUCUCGAUUUGCCCGGAUUUUGGCGUACACUAGUGCCCUGUCUUUCUCUCUCUUUCUUCUGUUUGUUUCUGAUUGUGGCGACCUCUCUGCCGUCGGGAAGUCGGGCUUGCUGGCAAGCUUCAGCAAAUGAUACUGUUACG